CACUGCUGGCACAGCGCAGUAUGCAGAGCAGCUGAUGCUCCUGCGGCGCUAAAAAUAAUCAACGUUUUCUCUCCAGCUCCCACUUUAAUUUGUUUGUGUUUCCUCUUCUUCUUUCCCUUUGUUUAUUUUAUUACUUUUAAAAUCCAGUCUUCAGGAAUGAAACGGUGGCAAUAAGGAUAAUUACUUUUCUCCGAGAUUGACUCGAGGCUUGUGUGGAGCAGCUGGGCGGUGGCAUGGCCUUGUCGUUUUGCGGCAAAGACGAAGGUAAUGCCUACAGCGUGGGGCAGGGUGUGCUGAACAAUGGCUGCUUUGUGGACGCUCUCAACCUGGUUCCCCAUGUCUUCCUUCUCUUCAUCACCUUCCCCAUCCUCUUCAUCGGUUGGGGCAGUCAGAGUUCCAAGGUCCAGAUCCAUCAUAACACAUGGCUACAUUUCCCCGGCCACAACCUGAGAUGGAUCCUCACCUUCUUGCUGCUGUUUGUCCAUGUCUGCGAGUUUGCAGAGGGCGUUGUGUCCAAUGACAAUAGGGACCACCUCCAUCUCUACAUGCCUGCAUUCAUGGGUUUCAUAGCAGCAACAACAUCAGUUGUUUACUAUCACAACAUAGAGACAUCUAACUUUCCCAAACUGUUGCUGGUCCUUUUCAUCUACUGGGUGCUGGCAUUUAUCACAAAGUCCAUUAAGCUUUGGAAGUAUGCAGAGUUCAGUGUUGGACCACGGCACCUGAGAUUCUGUAUCACAGCCCUGAUAGUGAUCCUGUAUGCGCUGCUGAUGGCUGUGGAGAUCAACGUCAUAAGAGUCAGGAAAUAUGUUUUCUUUGCAAACCCCCAAAAGGUGAAACCACCAGAAGACUUACAGGACUUGGGGGUUCGCUUUCUGCAGCCGUUUGUCAACCUGCUCUCCAAGGCAACAUAUUGGUGGAUGAAUCCUCUCAUCAUUGGAGCCCAUAAGAGGCCUAUAGAGCUGAAGAAGAUCGGCAAGCUGCCCAUCGCCAUGAGAGCCCUCACCAACUACCUGCGGCUCAAAGAUGCCUACGAGGAUCAGAGGACACCGGAGGAUCCGGAUCGUGCCCCAUCAAUCUGGCGCUCCACGUAUCGAGCCAUUGGACGUCCCAUCCUGCUCAGCAGCACCUUCCGCUACCUGGCAGACUUGCUGGGCUUUGCUGGGCCUCUCUGCAUCGCUGGCAUCGUGAACCACCUGAAGGAUGGUGAUAACGCAGAUGCAUCAGACAAGGGUGAGAUGUACUUUGGUGUUUACUUCAUGUCCUCAAUCAAGCUGCUGCAGAACACUCCAGUCCUGGCUGUUCUUCUCUUCCUGGCUUUAAUCCUGCAGCGGACCUUCCUGCAGGCCUCGUACUAUGUUACCAUUGAAACAGGCAUCAACCUGCGGGGAGCCUUGCUGGCAAUGAUUUACAACAAAAUCCUGCAUCUGUCCACCUCCAACAUGUCUAUGGGGGAGAUGACACUGGGGCAGAUCAACAACCUGGUUGCCAUAGAGACCAACCAGCUGAUGUGGUUCCUCUUCCUCUGCCCCAACCUGUGGGCCAUGCCUGUACAGAUUGUGAUGGGAGUGGUCCUACUCUACUAUUUACUGGGCUGGAGUGCCUUGAUGGGAGCAUCUGUCAUAGUUCUCCUAGCUCCCAUCCAAUACCUCAUAGCAACAAAGCUGGCAGAUACACAAAAAAACACACUAGAACACUCUACAGAUCGUCUGAAGAAGACCACAGAGAUCUUAAAGGGCAUAAAGUUGCUGAAGCUGUACGCCUGGGAGAAUAUCUUCUGUGAUAGUGUGGAGGAGACCAGAGGCAAAGAGUUCACCAGUCUCAAGACCUUUGCUUUGUACACAUCUAUGUCCAUUUUCAUGAAUGCUGCUCUUCCCAUCGCUGCUGUGCUUGCGACGUUUGUGAUGCAUUACUUCAUCACUUGCACCGUUCCUAGUCCUGCUGAGGCCUUUGCAGCUCUAGCGUUGUUCCACAUCCUGGUCACCCCGCUCCUCCUGCUCUCCACUGUUGUCAGAUUUGCUGUGAAGGCUCUGGUCAGUGUCCAGAAGCUUGGCGAGUUUCUUCAGAGUGAUGAAAUUGGAGAUGACAGCUGGAGAAAUGGUGACAUGUCUGUUCCCUUGGAAGCUGGAAAAAAACAUUCAGGAACGACCAAGGCCAUCAACAGGAAGCAGCCAGUGCGCUACCAGAUGAACAACUAUGAGCAGCCAAGCAGGCGACAGAUGAAACCCACGGAGAUAGAGGACGUGGCUGUAAAGGUGAGCAAUGGAUUCUUCACUUGGGGAAGCAACCUGUCAACACUGUCUGACAUCAACAUCCGCAUCCCCACAGGUCAGCUGACGAUGAUUGUGGGGCAGGUGGGUUGUGGGAAAUCUUCGUUGCUGCUGGCUAUGCUUGGUGAGAUGCAGACCAUUGAAGGAAGAGUCUGCUGGAGCAAGCUGCCUGAUUGUGAGAUGGUCCACGAGGGGAACAUAAGUUGGUCAGAGACAGAGGAGACCGGCGAAGACAUCAGGAGCAAGAACAGGAACUCUGUGGCCUAUGCUGCUCAGAAGUCCUGGCUGCUCAACGCUACAGUGGAGGAUAACAUCACCUUUGGCGGCCACUUCAGUAAGCAGAGGUACAAAGCGGUGAUUGAUGCUUGCUCCCUACAGCCAGACAUCGACCUGCUGCCUUUUGGAGACCAAACGGAGAUAGGAGAGAGGGGUAUCAACCUGAGUGGCGGACAGAGACAGAGAAUCUGUGUGGCCAGAGCCCUCUACCAGAACACUAACAUUGUCUUCUUGGACGACCCGUUCUCAGCCUUGGACAUCCACCUCAGUGAUCACCUGAUGCAGGAAGGAAUCCUCAAGUUCCUGCAGGAUGAUAAACGCACUGUGGUCCUGGUCACCCAUAAACUGCAGUACCUCAUACAUGCUGACUGGAUCAUAGCGAUGAAGGACGGCUCUGUACUGAGGGAAGGAACUCUGAAGGACAUUCAGACUCAUGAUAUUGAGCUUUAUGAUCACUGGAAAACCCUGAUGAACCGACAAGACCAGGAUCUGGAGAAGGACGUACAGCAGGACAGUCAAACAACACUAGAGAGGAAAACUCUGAGGAGAGCUUUCUAUUCCAGAGAUGCCAAGAACCUAAUAGAUGAUGAGGAUGAAGAGGAAGAAGAGGAGGAGGAAGAUGAUGACAACUUGUCCACAACCACUAACAGACGAUCAAAGAUCCCAUGGAAGGUGUGCUGGUGUUACCUGUCCUCUGGUGGUUUUUUUAUGGUCUUCCUGGUGGUGUCCUCUAACCUCCUCAAACACUCUGUUAUUGUUGCCAUUGACUACUGGCUGGCUCUGUGGACAUCCUCCCAAACCAGUAAGAGUGGAGCCAGCCUGCCUCAGAGUCUCAGGAGCAACACCACCCUCCCCACCCCUGGCACUCUGGAGAUGGAGCAGGACUCCUACUACCUGCCGGUAUUUAUCAUCCUCUGUGCGGCUGGAAUCAUUUUAUGCCUCUUCACCUCUCUCAGUGUGGAGUUUCUGGGUCUGUCUGCAGCCAUCAACCUGCACCACAACCUACUCAACAAGAUCAUCCACGCUCCCCUCAGGUUCUUUGACAUCACUCCCCUGGGACAAAUCCUCAACAGAUUCUCAGCUGAUACUAACAUCAUUGACCAGCAUAUCCCUUCCACGCUGGAGUCUCUGACGAGAUCCACGUUGCUGUGUUUGUCAGCCAUUGGGGUCAUAUCCUCCAUCACUCCUACUUUUCUGAUUACCCUGGUUCCCCUGGGGGUGGUCUUCUACUUCAUUCAGAAGUAUUUCCGGGUGGCCUCUAAGGACCUCCAGGACCUCGAUGACUCCACACAGCUGCCUCUGCUCUGCCACUUCUCUGAGACCGCCGAAGGCCUCACUACUAUAAGAGCAUUCAGACACGAGGCUCGUUUUAAACUGCGAAUGCUGGAGCUGACGGACACCAAUAACACCGCCUACCUGUUUCUGUCUACUGCCAACCGCUGGCUGGAGCUCCGAACGGACUACCUCGGAGCAGUGCUGGUGUUUGCAGCAGCUGGAGCAUCCAUAUGGUGUUUAGGCUACAGUCUGCCUUCUGAAGGCCUGGUGGGCCUCGGUCUCACCUACGCCCUCACUGUCACCAACUACCUGAACUGGGUUGUGAGGAACCUGGCAGACCUAGAGGUCCAGAUGUCGGCUGUGAAGAAGGUCAACAGCUUCCUCAGCACAGAGUCCGAGAACUACGAGGGGUCUAUGGAAGCCUCUCAGGUGCCCGACAACUGGCCUCAGAGUGGUGAGAUAAAGAUCCAGGACCUGAGUGUGCGCUAUGAUUCCACGCUCAAACCGGUGCUCAAACACGUCAACGCUUACAUCAAACCAGGCCAGAAGGUGGGAAUCUGUGGUCGCACAGGCAGCGGGAAGUCUUCUCUGUCCUUGGCCUUUUUCAACAUGGUGGAUGUCUUUGACGGGAAGAUCGUCAUCGAUGAGAUCGACCUCUGUAAGCUUCCUCUGCAGACGCUCAGGUCGCGACUAUCCAUCAUUCUCCAGGAUCCUGUGUUGUUUAGUGGAUCAAUAAGAUUUAAUCUGGACCCCGAGAGGACGUGCACUGAUGACCGACUCUGGGAGGCCCUGGAGAUCGCUCAGCUGAAGAACAUGGUGAAGGCCCUGCCUGGAGGUCUAGACGCGGUCGUGACGGAAGGUGGAGAAAACUUCAGUGUCGGUCAGAGGCAGCUCUUCUGUUUGGCCAGAGCUUUUGUCAGAAAGAGCAGCAUCCUCAUCAUGGAUGAAGCCACAGCAUCUAUAGACAUGGCCACGGAGAAUAUCUUACAGAAAGUUGUGAUGACGGCAUUUGCAGACAGGACAGUGGUUACAAUCGCGCACCGCGUCCACACCAUCCUAACAGCUGAUCUGGUCAUAGUGAUGAAGCGAGGCAACAUUAUGGAGUACGACAGACCUGAGACUCUUUUGGAGCAGGAGGACGGGAUGUUUGCUUUGUUCGUCAAGGCUGACAUGUAGACAUACAACCAGUCAGCCCAUCUAACAGCUGACAGACCUCUCCCUCGUUUUAAACUUUGAAUUAUUUACAGAAUUAAACUUCAGUGAAGCCAACAAUACACAGUUUAACAUGAAGCUUCUCUGCACACUCAGUGGAAAGGAGAGGAAGUCCAGAAGCACCAUCAGUCACCAGUCGGUGUGUUCAUUAAGUCAUACUUGAAACAUUCAGUCAGUUGAGGCCUCCAUUUAUCAGAUAGAACAUGGGUUCUUGAUUAUUCAGUUGACAAAUUGAUCAUUGAGUCCGUUAGGUUUAUCCGUUUUAACUUUGAUGCUGUUGGAAGAGUGUCGAAGGUCAAAGUUACAACAAAAAUAAGUAGAUGCUUAUGAAUAGAUUGUAUUUUACAAGAAACAGGUACCAGAUCAUAUCAGUACAAUUUUAAGGGUUAUUUUCUCGAUGCCUCUAAUGGCAUCAGGCCGUUUUAAGGUUUCCACCACCUCCCCAGUACAGACCACCAAAGGCAUCGUCUCUCUCGUAGCUGUGAAUCAUUCACAGUAGCAUAGACAGUGGAUUUUGUAAAUGUAACUUUUAAUGCUGUGAGCACCAGAAACAGACUUCCAGUAGCUUCUAUUAUGUUGGUAAUUAAAGCCGAAAUCUCAGAUAGUGACAUUUUAAAAUCUGGCCAAACAAAACCAAAACUAGUUGGUAAAACAUUUCAUUUAAAUUUGUUUAUAGUCUAUGAGCUUUAUCUUGAGCCUGUCCUCCAGGACCGGGGAAUAAUUAUGUUUCAUGUCCUGGUCAGGACAGUGGUGUGUCAGCUCUUUACCUGCUAGGUAAUAAUGUGGCAUCAAGAAGUAAAAGAGUUUAUUUGAUUUAUUAACUAAUUUCAUGAAAAGACCAAAACCAGCAGUGAAUGUGUCCUAACGCCAAGUGUUUGUUUUCUGUUCUGCUGCCUCACAUGUUCUUUCAUCACCACAAACACACACUGUAGUUUAUUCUGACUCAGUCCCAUGUCCUGCUGCCAAAUAUGGAUUCAUCUGCUGCUGAAAGUCCCCAACAAAUGCACAGUUUGCUCCUGUUUGUGAGCUUGUUUUAAACAGUUUAGUGCGGGAGCCACUAACACAUUGUUGGUUUCAGUCUUUCCACGGGUGUCGUGAACAAUAAGAAAAAUGUAACCUUAAUCAGCGUAUUAACAUAAAAUGGUGGGUUUCAUGGGCUUUAAACUGUGAACAGACUUUGACACUAACUCUACAUAUGGACUCAUUUCUACUGCAGAGGAGUUUAUUUGACUGAAGAAGCUUUUUAUAUUGAUAGAAUUUCAAAAGUCUUUAAAAUAUAUUGGCUUCUUUUAGAUUACCCACAUGAAUCAGUUUGUCUUGUAUUGGGUAUUAUAUAAUAAUAAUGAAGAGAGAAACCUGUAUUUUAUCCUUUUUAAAAUGGCUAAAUUUUGGCUUUGGCCAGCGGUUUGCGCUCUGCAUGCAUCGAUGCAUUGUGCAAACUGGCACUGCGCAAAGGAUUUUAAAGCUUAAUACUUUGGCCCUUGUGUAGUACAUGCUACAUUUUGAUGUUAAUUUCUGUCAUAGAUGUAAUGCUAAUAGACUUGAUAGUAGAGCAUGAUGAACAGUCUUUUUUUCUGAUGCCAGACGUACGGAGAAGGACAGGUCACGUCUCUGUUACAAAUCUGAGCUGAGGAGUGCAAAGCCAGCUGCCGGGGCUAGUCUUGUUGUUCUAAGCCGGUAUCAGAUCAGCUGAUCCUAUCUCUUUCUGAUUUCUGGUCUCCUUCUGGAUUUGCUGCCCCUUUUUUUUUGUACCUGUUUUGAAAAACUUCUGCAACUUAUGACACCAAAAUGGAAGACGACAGACCUUAAAGUCAUUGUUGCUGCUUGGACUUUUUGUUUAUUAAUUUGUUUCUCCCCAGUUUUUAAUCCAUUAUAUUCCAGCAUGUAUUGGACAUUAUCGGUAGCCAUCUUUGACACAACAGCCAUGAUCAGGCACAUUCACAGAGGAACCCCAGGUGGUGCUCAAGCACCUGCUCUUUGACUUGAUAAGUGCCCUUUUUGCAGAACAACUUUUUCUACCUGUUUUUAACUUUAUAUUUUAGUUUUUAAACAAUUUUCACUGUGGUUCAUUGCAUAAAAUUUCAAUUAAAAGCAGUAACUAUAGACUAUGAAUUAUUAUUAAAGGCAUGUGUUAGGCUGAAGCUUAUAGACACCACUUACAAGCAGUUGUUCAAAUAUAUGAUUCCUGCACUGUUUACAUGUCUUCUCACACUGAGUGUGGCACAGUCUUGAAGUUGUAGCCCAGUAAAUGGGCUCUUCUUACUCCUGUGACACAAUAUCUAUUGGUAGUCAUUUCAAUACAAGCACAUUUGAAGGUUUAACAUCUGGUCUUUUUGUAGUUGCAUCUUAAUUUUUUGCCUGAAAUCUUAUACAGGCUUACAAUUUAUGUGCUGGAUGUAGUGGGGGUGUGGGGCCAGUCGCCAGCCAACCCCAGGGUAACAAAGGCAGAAACAAAAUGCCUUUUCACACAGACAGAAUGCUUGAGUUGUGCUUCCAAAGAUCUGCAAUAUUUCAAAUGUAUUACUUUCGGAAAAAGUACUUGGGGUUCUGACUGGCUCUUCCUCAGGUGCACAGGUGUUGGUUUGACCACAUCUUGGUUUCAUAAUGGUUCGAUCAUUUCAGCAUCUGCAGGGCGCCGUUCGAGCACAGCACAUUGCAUUUGUUUUAUUUUUGCACUUUUUCAGCAUGAAACUCUUGACUUGUUGAAGCUGAGGGGAAAUGUGUAGUAAACACUGUCCCUCCAACCACUCAACUUAGGCUUAAACGUUUAUUUUGUUCUGUCAGUUUUGGUUCUAUGCCUCCAUUAGUGCAAGCACUGUAGGUUGUUGCAGCUCGGUCUGAAGCUGUGGUCUGUCUGUGGCCGUGCUUUACUGAACAUAUUAUCCUCGGGGACAGAAGACACCAACAUUGGUUAUACCUGUAAAUACCUGGACUGCACAGACUGAGUGCCAAAAAGAUUCUUUUGGUGAGAAUUUCAUUUUUUUUUUUUUUAACAUGAUGGACUCUCAGAUGUUUCAUCUCAAGAAGUUGCCUCUUCAGUUUGUUUCCAACCGUACACAACUCUUUUUGUCACAUAUUUCACGAAGGGCUGUAACACUUGUGUCAUGCAUGGAAGCACAUUACACUUUGGUUGUUCACACUAGAACCUGGAUCUGUGUCCUUCUCAUUCUUCUCCUUUGUCUCUGCACUCACUCCAGUUCUCCUCUGUCAAUCACCCAGUGCCCCUCCUGGUCUCAGACCCUCGUUCAGCUGCCUUUUUUAGUCCUGACAUGUUUCCUGAAACCUUUGUGUUUGUUUUACUGCAUGUGUGUGUGUCUGAAAUACGUGUGCUUGUGUUUUUCAGCCUGUGCAGACUGCUGCCUUGUAGACUCUUUGUUUCACACCCCAACAAUGUUUCAGAACAAAGACAGACAGUGCACUGAGAGCAGACAAUGGAAAGAUACGUGCUUCUCUUUUGUGCUGUUUAAGGAUACAAGGAAGAAGCAAAACACAUUUCAAGUGUUGUAUUUUCUGUAUCAGUGUCAUUGUUACAGUUUGCACUGACAGUUUUAAGAGAAGCCAGAUAUUUUUAGCAUCUUUACCAUCUGGAGUUUUGGGGAGUUUUAAAUACAGCACAGGCAGAGAAAGCGUGUACUUUCAUGUGCAUGUUACACAGCGCAAACAUGACACUAUCAGUUAUUUGCUGCCAUGGAUGCACAUUUCACUUAAAAACACAAAUGUACAGCUUCAUUUUGGGUUCUUUUUAAACUCUACAUAUUUGUUAGUUUACAUUCUGUAGCGACGUGUUAUUGUGUGUUUCUUCUUUUUCUAACUG